AUGGCUUCCGAAGCUUUUUUCCAGGAGGGUCUAUGGCACAAUGACGCUCAUGCCUGGCCAAAACAGGCAGUCUUGUGGAUAGAAGAAUUAUCAGAGGAACAGGUUCUCUCAAAGCUACAGGGAGUUAUGGAAGGACGGAAUUAUUCGUGGUAUACCAUCAAUGAGCUAUUGCAAAAUCGACUUGACCAAGGGCAGCUCGAAUUUACGCUUGUAGACGGAGAUGUCCUCUUCGAGUGGAAUAGUCUCUGCGACGAGAAGCGGGGUUGGGAGAGGAAAAGACGCCUGUCACACAACAGUGCUAGAUUCAACAGAGAUUGCCUAAUUAACCUCAUGAUAUUGCCGUUCCAAGGAGGGCUCGAAGAUCUUCGGCUUGUAACCACCAGCGUAGAUAAUCCAAAUUUCUCAACGAAGAACUUGUGGGUAGCCCAUGAGAAACGGGAGCUUGAGAGUUCUACGGGCGAAGAUAGUGAAAGCACAGACGAAGAUAGUGAAAGCAUGGACGAUGACGAGAUCCUGUCGUGGGUGUCGCAGGAUAGUGAAGACUAUAAUAUGGAUGACGAGUUUCGAGAGUUCCGUGGACAGGGUGAUGAGGAUGAUGAAGAGGAUGAUGAAGAGGAUGAUGAAGAGGAUGAUGAAGAGGAUGAUGAAGAGGAUGAUGAAGAGGAUGAUGAAGAGGAUGAUGAUCAAGAGGAUGAUGAUCAAGAGGAUGAUGAAGGAGAAGAUGAUGGUGAUAAAGGCGUCUGCUUUUGUGAUACUUGUGCUUUAAUUGAGAGGGAUGAUGAAGAGGAUAAUGUAGAGGAUUAUUAUAGAGGUGGCGAAGAGGACGAAGGUGUCUGCUUUCGUGAUACUUGUACUUUAAUUGAGAGAUUAUAA